AUGGGCGGCAUCGGCAAAACCGAAGUCGCUAUGUGGUACGUCUUCUCUAGAAGAACCAAAUUUGAUGCUGUAUUCUGGAUCAACGCAGAUACAACGGAGAAGCUGAGCCUUGGAUUCACCGAAAUGUCAAUGGCCCUUGGUCUCGAAGACGAGUCAGCGCCAGAGGACGAAAUUGAGAGGCGUGAAAGGGUGAAAGGUUGGCUCUCAAACCCGAUCAUUACGGCAAAUCAAGGAACACCCAAGGCAAAUGACGAAGCUUCGUGGUUACUCGUUCUAGAUAACGCCGACGAUCCGAACAUCCUUUACGAUUUCUGGCCCGACACCGGCACCGGUUGUGUGAUUGUCACGAGUCGAAAUCCUCUUUCGAAAGACACUGUCUAUUCACCUUCCCUGAGCAUCGAUCUUGCUCCCUUCAAACUCAACGAAGCGGGUCCGUUUCUUCAAUCUCUCUCCAAUCGCGAAUAUGAGGAGAACAGUCUAGAGGCAUGCACAAAGAUUGUGGAGAUUCUCGGAGGGUUGCCCUCGGGUAUUACGCAGAUGGGCGGUAUCACCCGGCGUCGACACAUGUCUCUAGAAGAAUUUCUCGCCUACUAUGAAGAAAAUGCCGGGAAUUACAUGAUACAGCAGUUCCAGGCCAAAGGCGAUCCUAUAUGCAAACCGUCUCUUCCGUCUGGAUGCUAG